UGAAGUCCGAAUGAAUGCUAAUCGUAAUGGCGGAAGGAGGAUGAGCAAUUUUAAAGUUCCCCCACAAAAAACUACGUUAUAUGGUGAAAUGAAAAAUUAUACAGAUGGAUAAAAACAGAAAGGAGCAACAUAAGCAACUCAAAGCUGUUGAGAAGAAGAUUAAUUUUGUUGAGCGAGAUGAAGAUGAGAUGCCUGUUUUCAGUGGUGCUGUUUUACAUGUCCUGUCCUCAAAUGGUCUGACAAACUGUGAAAAUAGUGGAAUCAUACAGAAGGGAAAAAUUAUAAAAAACAAUGAUAUGGGGAAGAAAGAUAUCAAUUCAUUCGUUUUAUCAAAAGCAAAUAUUGAUAAUCGCCAAAAUAGAGACGGUUGUUAUUGUAAAAAAAUGAAUGGGUUGGAUGCCAUCGAAAAUGGAGCCGAACAAAGAAUGAAUGAUCAAGAAUCUGGUACUUCUUCUCUGAGGCAAACAAGAAAAAUUCAAAAUGGUGGAUUUGAUGUCACCUUAAAUGGAUUUAGCAGUUCUCCAGAUUCAAGCCCAGUCAAACCCGAAGCAUGUGCAUGUAGUAAGACUGUUAACGGAGAUAUGCAGCACUUUUCAAAUGAGACUAAGACAAGCCCAAAAAGUCCGGCAGUGCGUCCAAAGUCUAUGUCCUGGAGCAGGAUGGUAAAACAAAGAAAGGAAAAUAAAAUGAAAGAAAGAAAUGGAAAAGGGAAUAAGAAAUCACACAAAAGAUAUAUAUACCCUGAAUUGUGUUCUAGUUCAGAGGAAAGUUCUGAUGAAAAUGUAAAAUCAUCUGAUAAAAUCACAACACUUGAAGGAAACUGUGACAAAAUUGACAAAAAAAUAAAAUCAUUAAGUAACCAAAGCUUGAAACUGUAUGGAAAUAACUUGGUCAGUAAAGAUGGUACAGAAAAGUUAUCUCUUGCUCAAUAUUUGAAACCUGUAAAGGAACCAGUAAAUGGAGAAAACGGUCAUUCACUAAAUUCACCGAACUCUCAACCAGAUUUAACAUUAUUAAGGGUAGCACCCUUAGCUGUUCCUGAAGACAGUGAUACUGGACAUUCGUCAGUAUCGAGCUCAGAGGGGAAAAUGAACGGAUCAGUUAUAGAAAAUAAUAUUACGAGAAGCAUGUCACAGGAAAAUAUAGACCAUGAAAUUCCCAGUGCUGAACAAGUAAACACUGUUGAAGAGGAUCCAUUAGCAGGUCCUAGUAGUGCUGUAGAUCACAGAGAGAUGGAAAGGAAUAUUCUACCUCUCUAUAGAAAUCCUAGUAUUGAUAGUUUAGAGGAAGUAGGGGAUUAUAUAGAAACUGAUUUCCCAUCUAAAGCCAGCCGACUUUUAUUUCAGUCUAGUUCACGUAGUUCAUCUCCGUCAACUGAUGAAGAAGAUGAAGGAUAUGGAGUUAAUAAAGCAAAAGAUACGGUGCAUUUGAACUGUGAUGAGGUCGAACAGUCUUUUGAUCCUUCUUGUCCUCAGAAUCCUCCUAGUCAUAAUGUAAAUCCUGAUCACUUGAAGCUGAAAAUCCUUGAGCAGAAUGGUCCUUUAGUGCAAAGACCAAACUUUGAUAAUAUUAAUCAUGCUGCCCAUAGAAUUGCUAGAUUGAGUAGCGGUGCUGGAAGUGAAAGUGAAAAAGGUGGGGUCAUAGGUUCAGACUCGUCAUACGUGUACACACCUGAAACUGACUAUCAGGAAUUUAUAGACUCUGAUCUUCCAUCGUCAGAGGCAAACAAUCAUUAUGCCGGGAACAGUGAUAGAGAUUAUGCAAUGCCUUCACUUGGCAAUUAUGCAGAAGAAUAUCUCGAUACUGAUUCCAAUUUAGGAGCAAGUAAUCACCUUGUUGGAGCAGAAGGCGGGGCUACUAAUAAUCUAAACCUGGAAGGUCGUUGUUAUGCGUUUGAUUAUAUUGACAGCAAUAUGGAGGUAUAUGAUCCUCAUUGUGAUCAGCCUGACAAUGACAAUUAUUUGCUUCGGGUUAUUUAUAAACAUGAAAAAGUACCCAUUGCUAAUUUUCAGGACUCUGAGAGUAAUAAACAAGAAAAGAUAUUCUGUAAGCUUGCUCUGGAUCGUGACAAUCGAUCGUUAUCUGGAUCUUCUGAGGAGGAAGAAAAUGCCCUCCAUCAUUUCUGUCGUGAUGCACCUUGUCUUGCCUCGGCUGCUCAGCAGACGAAUAAUGAUUGCUCAGAUUGUAUGGGUGUAGAAGAUUUAGAGAAUUUAACUCAUGCACUGCAGAAUGCGGUGAUUAUGCAUCUUCCCUCUAGGCUUGAAGAAUCGUCAGAGGAAAGUUGUGAAGAUCCAAUAUAUGAAGAAAUAGACAACUUAGAUUCCUUUUUAUCUACCAGUGAUAACAGUCUCCAUGUGGUGGAAGAAGAACCUUGCCAUGGUUCUGUACCCAGAACUAAAGUAAAUACUCUUCCAAAGUAUGAACGAAGAAGACGUAAAGGCCAUAGAGGAUCUGAUGUUGAUAAAGUGAUGAUCUGGAAUGAAUAUGAGGCAUACGUUUUACAAGUCAAACAGAUUGGAACGUCUGCUUGUGGUCCUACAGCUGUUCUUAAUAUAUUGAAAGCUUUUGAUUAUCAAGUUGACAAAGAAGAAGUAUGCAAAAAGGUGACAACAAACCUUAGAAUGGAAGCUGCACCAGUACCAUACUAUCUUUUCUCUAGAUACAAUGCAGGGACAACUGCCAAUUCCUUAAUAGAUGGGAUAACAAAGCUGACUAAAGGUACAAUAAAGGGUCGAUUCUUCCACUUCUAUCCUGCUAGAAAGGUACAACUACUGAAAUGGUUGGGAUAUUGGAUGAGGAAAGGAGCUGUGCCAUUAGCUACACUUAAUCUACAAAGGGGAGUUAAGCCAGGAUGGACAAUCCCUGACGCUUGGCAUCAUCAGAUGGUUUAUGGUGUUAGUUCUAAAGGUGUCCAUUUGACAAAUCCAUUGGAGAUUGUUCCAGAGGAGAUUAUAAUGGAACAGUUGACAAGUGAUUCUGUGUUAUUGAUACGGAGACAAGAUGUUGUAAACAGAUUCCGGGACUGGGCUCCACUCAAUGAAUUCCUGAAGAAAAGUGAUACCAGGUGGCAGACAAUGAAUGUUUUAGGUCAGGUUGUAAAUGUAUUGAGAGAGGCUUGUACUGCCCUGUCACACCAAGGACCCCGGUAUAGAGCACAGCUGACAUCACAUAUAACGAUACCUGCUGGAUACAAAGCUGGAAUAACUUUAUUUGUUCGACAGAAUACAGAAGUAUGCCAGGAAUUGUUUAAUGCACCUGAUUUAGAACUGAUGAAUCCAGAAGAGACUGAAGAAGGAUAUUGAUGAUAGAAAUUAUUAUUUAUAAUUUAUUUUAUGCAGUUUUUAUGGCCAGUUUAUGAGUUACUUUAUUCAAAUAUUCCAAUCCCUGUGCCCAUUGGACUGAUAGUUUUUGUUGGGUUUAUUCCUGGAAAAUUUAUGCCUUUAUUCAGAAAAAGAACAUUCAUUUUUAUCUUAUUCAAUUGAUACACAAUGGCUUUCUUUGUCUACCCUCUUUUAAGUAGUUUAGAGUCACUGAAAAUAUUAUAACUUUCUAGAAACAAGUGAGAUCACUACAUGACUAUCUAUAUUAGGAUCUAUUUUUUUGGUGCAUGCAUUUUUCAAUGCGUUAGAAAACAUGACAAAAUAUUUGCUUCUUAAUAUAUUUAUAUUAUUUGUUUUUUGUUAUUUAUCUUAAGUGGUCGUAAACAUGAAAAAUUUUGAAUCUUCAUUGACAUGUAAAAAUGUCCUGAAAUGUUACUUGUAUAAUACAAAUCAUACCAUUUUGUAAUUUUUAUGCAUAAUAUAUUUUACAAUUUUAAUAAAAUUUUGGUUGUUAACAUUACAUGUCUUCAUAUUUUUUCACCAGAAAUACAAAUUUCAUUAAUCCCAUUUUAUUUUGAAUUUUAAUAUUGCUUGAUUAAUAAAAAUGUCAGAUAGCCUAUUUCAAUUAUUUGUAUACUUUGUGUCAAUAUCGUUAACCAAGAAAUCCACAAAUAAUAGAAAUUGGUUUCACAUGCAGAAAAUAUGAGGUUUUAAUUUGUAUUUCCAAAACAACUUAAAGGAGAAACAAAUUAAACCUCCCCAGAUAGAUUUUAUCCAGAACAGAUUAGAAGUGUUAAAGGAAAAUUGUCAAAUCUAUAUACCCAUGACCUGAAAUUUAUUAUGAAAGGAGGUAUUUGUUUAGACUUAUAAUAUGAUAUUUGUUAUUUACCUUCUAAAAUUAAAUUGUAGUUCAAAGAAGAAGAGAUGAAGCCAUACCAUAUUGUAAUAUAAAUAUAGAGAAAUUUCAACAUUGUUUUUGAGCUUGGUCAGAAAAGCUUUGUUUUAGUUAUUAUAAAAUUUACAUGAACAUAUUUUUACAUAAUAAGGAACAAAGAAUAUUCAUUUUAAAUGUCCUGCCAAUUUUGGUCAACCUACUUGCAGAACAUACCUAUUGUAUUUGUUGUUAAUGGUUUAUCUUCUUGAAUAUGCAUUAAAAAUAAUUGCAAUUGGCUGUUAAGCAAGCAGCAACCAGUAAAUCAAUAUCUGUUUUUACUAAUGCUCUUUAUUGCAGGGAACAUGUACUGGCUCUUCAUUUUAGUAAGGGGAGUAACUCAUUAAAUUAUAUAUCGAUUCAAAUUCAUUUUUUAAUGAUUUCCCCAAAAAUGUCAUUAGGCAUCUUCUUACAAGUUUAAUUAUCAUAGCAUGGUAGGUUUUUAAUUCUGAUGAAUGAAUGACUGAAUGCAGAAUUUUAUUCCACCAGUAUAGAAAAUCACAGAUUUGACCAUAAAAUUUUGUAACAAAAUAAUUGUUUCAUAAUGUAAAUGGGUGCAAAGUGGAAUUAUUUUGACAAUUGACUAUGUCCAAGAUGUGCAAUUGUUCUAUGCAGCCAUUGUCAAUAUAUUCAGUUGAUAUGUUAUGUAUUCCAAUGUGCUUCAGACACAACAAAUUCAACCUGUCUAUCAUCGUUCAUUUUUUUGGCUCUUGUUAAUUAUUGUUGUGUAGAUAUGGAUUAUUUAGGAAAUGUGGUACAUUUGUAAUUUCUAAAAUUUAAUGAGUGUAUUUUCAAGAUUUAAUAUUAGUUGUACUUUAAGAAUACAUGAGGAGCAUGAUUUGUUUUCUUUGGUUCAAUUGUAAUAUGUAUCUAGUAUUUGAUUGUGAUAUCUAAAAAUGAUAUAUUCAAAUACUUGUUCUGCGUUUUGCUUUUCAGGUGAUGCAACACUUAUAUAUUUUCAUCAAGGCAAAAAUAUGCAUACUAUCAAAAUAUCUUGCAAAUUAAUUUUAGAAACUAUCAAUGAAUAUACAAACUGUAGGUUUAUAAUUAUUUAGGAGUAACAAGUUUUGUUUAUUUCAUGGGAAUAGGAAAACCUCAAAUUUAAAUGUUCAACAAAGUAUAAAUUCACUAUAUACAGACUUUUGAAAACCAUGAAAUCAAAUUUUAUUUUCAUGGAUACAUGAUGUUGGUUUUCCAUCAUUUGUCAAUAGUACAUUUUUAUGUUUAAACUGGUGUAAAAUUUGCAUUUAGUUAGAAAACACUUGAAAUAUACAAUUAUGAAUCCCAUGAAUUUUGAGUAUUUUUAUUACAAACUCUUAUCUGUAAAUCUGAAACCUGCAAUUGAUUGAUUGCUUCAGAUAGAUUAUUGAAGUACAUAGAAUUUAAGUUAUUUAUUAGUUGGAUGUCCAUAUAUUACUUGUUCUGUGAUUUUAUUGGUUAAUAACAAUCGUUGCUCUAAAUUGGUAUUAGCAUGGCUAAUACUGAUUAUAUAUUUGACCUUAUUAACAAGCAAACUUUAAAACAAAUGUGUACACUUUCAAAUAGUUAGUCUGUUAUGAAUUAUAUUAAAUUGAAUCUUUAUACAAAUUAAUGUUCUAUUAGCUUCUGAAAUUGUUAAAAUUAAACUUGAACAUUUGAAUAUUGCCAAAUUUACAUGUUUUUUUUAGAUUUAAAAAAACAUCCAUCAAUUUUUAAAUCAAGGAACCAAAUUGGCCCUUUGAUUUGUUAAGUUUUUAAAUUGUUAAAGAAGUUUCUUUUUAGAAUAAAUUUAGAUCAGCUAAUUUUCCUUCAGAUGUAGAUAUUAAUGACUGAGUUCAUGGAAUUGACAACUUAUAUUAUUACGUGUAUGAGACUGUACAGGUCAUUUUCUUGUUAGCCAGUAGUUCAUCAAUACACGUUAUUAUGGAACUUUGUAUUGUAAACACAAAGAAGUGGGUUCAAAUGGUGGUUUUUCUGUGAAAAUUGGUACCAUAUACUGUAAGUUUCUCAAAAAUAUAAACUAGAAAUUCAAAAUUUGAUAGCAUUAUUUGUAUAUAGCAUUUCCUGAUGUAGCAAUAAUUCCCCAUUUUUGUCCAUUGAUCACCAAUCACAAUGUUUAGUGCACUCUGAAAUUUCUGAAUUAACAGUAUUUUACACAGAUAACUGCAAUGAAAUAUUUUCUAUUAGUGACAAAAUAAAAAAAAAAAAACAAUUUGUUGAUGAAAAAUUAAGUUUCAUACAAUCAUUGGUGGAGAAAAAUGGUUGAUCCUUGGCAGUAAAAAGGCAUACAUGCUCUCUCCUCUGUAUGACUGUUGAAACACCUUAAAACAAUAUACACAUUUCAUAACUGUAGAUUCAAGUGGUUGAUCCUCUAGCUUUGCAUUCAAUAAUUAUCUCCCUUGUGUUAAGUGAUUAUCUCCCCUUGAUUUUGAAAUAGUUAAUUCCCUUUGCAUGAUUUGAAAGAGCAGGUACUCUCUACAUAGUCCUUUUAAGAAAUUGUUACCUUUAUGCAUAUAACUACACCAUGUUAAUAUAAUCUAACUAAAAUUCAGUUAUGAAAAUGAAAUAUUAUCGUAUUAAAGGUAGUCAAAUGUGAAAUAAAACAAUGUGUUCUUUGCUACACCCAAUUACAUCUAUUUUCCUGUGUAACCUCAUGAUUCAUGUUGCUAGAUAAAACACCUGUUAUUUCAUACAAAAGUCAUCUCCAGCAAAUAAAACGAAGCAAAAACUAAAUAUUCAGCCAUUUUAAUAAAAUGUUGGUCAAGCAUGGCCCAAGUUUAAUGUUAUAUGCUAACACAUAUAGAAAAAUUAAAAAAACAAAAUUUUCAAACACACAAAUUCAACCAGUCCAUAGGUGGAAAAAGUAAAAAAUGAUGUUCUCAUUCAUACAGCUGUUUUUCUAACAAUGCAAACAAAAAAUUGAGAACAAAAUUUUAAUUGCAGAAAAUAUAAGUGAAAUAUUAAAGGUGUUUCAUAUGGAUUAUAUAUUUGGACUGAACAAACAAUUUUUGUAAAUGAGAUAUGAAAUUUGCAAUAAAAAACUGUUUAUACCCUCACAAAUGGGAGAUAACUCUUCCAAAAUAAUGACAUAAAAGAAACUUGUAACAAGUAAUUUACAUUGUUAUUAUAACAUUUAUGAUACUGGUGAGUGUUAAUAUAAUAAUUGUAAGUGCUUUAUGCUGAUUUGUCUGUGAUGUGCUUUGUACACAAGGUAUAAAGAUACCAUAGAAAGUUCAAUAUCUAUAAACAGAACAGUUUCUAUUUUUAACUGGAAUAUUUUUACAAUUUAUUUGGGUUUUUUUUUUUUAAUUGAUUAAUUGACACGUUCUGGCAAGUAAAAAAUCUGUCAAUCAAUUAUAAAAAAAGAAAAAUAUAUUGCUUUCCAGUUGGCAUGGCUCAGUUUUAAAGACUUCACUGUAACAUUUAGAUGAAAAACAGCAAUAGCAGUUUUGUUUUUUGCUGUUGGUUUUGUUAACUGCUUGAAGGUGACUUUGUGUCAUGAGUCAUAACACCCUAUCCUUUUUCUACCAUUUAUCUCUUACUUGGAGGAAAAGAUAACAAUCUAGAUAAUGAACUUUCAGUGUUAUUUUUUGACCUAGUGUAAUAUUAGUGGAUAUGUAUAUAGUAUAUAUAUACACUGUUAUUUAUAAGUCAUUAUGUACUGUUUUACAGUUUGCAAAUAAAUUGUAACAUUAUGCAA